CCUGGGCAGCGGAUUUGAAGCAGAAUAUAUCGUGCGUAAAGCAGCAGUGCCAAUACAUCGAUGGUACCGGUCCCGAACCGCGUCAGUCUCCGAAAAUGAAGGCGAAUCCGUUGAUCAUCAACUGGCAUCACGAUAACAACAAUCCAUACCCGAUCUAUUCUGCCCACUUCGAGCCAAAUGGUAAAGGCCGCUUGGCAACAGGCGCCGGAGACAACAAUGUCCGGCUGUGGAAGAUAGAGGAGGAUGGCAAGGGUGAAAAGAAGGUUGACUACCUGGCCACACUCUCCAAGCACACUCAGGCAGUAAAUGUCGUCCGCUGGGCCCCGAAGGGCGAGCUUCUCGCAUCGGCUGGCGACGAUGGCAACGUCAUCUUAUGGGUCCGAUCGGAAACCUACCACCCGACCUUUGGCUCCGACGGCCUCGACGACAAAGAAACCUGGCGGACGAAACACAUGUGUCGGUCGUUGGGCACGGAGAUAUACGACCUUGCAUGGUCACCGGAUGCUUCCUUCUUCAUAAUCGGUAGCAUGGAUAACGUUGCGCGGAUCUACAACGCUGUGACAGGAACUCUUGUUCGCCAGAUUGCCGAGCACAAUCACUACGUCCAGGGCGUAGCUUGGGAUCCAUUGAACGAAUACGUUGCAACGCAGUCCUCCGACCGUUCUGUACACGUGUACUCUCUGAGAACGAAGGACGGCCACUACACGCUCACUAACCACGACGACAAGCCCCCGAAGAUUGCAAAUCAUGCCAAGGCAGACCUUCCACCCCGGCGGAUAUCCGCCAGCAGCCCAGCACCACCAGAGAUAGGCCAUCGGUCGACUCUUGCGGCUGCUGACGCUAUGCCCGGAGUUCUUGGCUCACCUGUCCCUUCGGCGCCGGGAACGCCAACGUCGAUGGCCCUCCCCAUGAACCCGCCCAGCGUGUUCACCCACAGUCGCAGGUCAUCAUUCUCAUCAAGACGAUCAGUUUCACCUGCUCCGUCAAUGCCGCUACCAGCCGUUAUGCCUAUCGAAGCUUCUCCCAAGCCGCACCUGAACAGCACCAACCUGGGCAUGAAAAAUGCCAGUCUCUACGCGAAUGAGACACUGACGUCCUUUUUCCGGAGACUAACGUUCACACCCGACGGUAGCCUUCUGCUCACCCCCGCCGGGCAGUACCAGAUCCAACAUCAAGUGGACGGCGGGAAACCUACUUACGAAGUCAUUAAUACUGUCUAUAUCUACACUCGCGGUGGCAUUAACAGACCUCCGAUCGCGCACUUGCCCGGUCACAAGAAGCCAUCUGUUGCAGUGCGGUGCUCGCCCGUCGUCUACACACUGAGGCAGUCUUCACCCGUCACUAAGCACAUCACUAUCGACACCUCAUCCGCCGAGGAGGCAAUUCCUUCGCUUCCAGAGCCCCUAUCCAAGCCUUCGUCGGCCCCAUCGGUGAUGGAACCGCCGCCACCACCUGUUCCGGCGGACUCCUCUAUAUCCACGUCGAAGGACCUGAGUGUGGAGACUGCCGUUCAGGAGCCGGGGCCAAAAUCUGUCUUCGCGUUGCCGUAUCGAAUGGUUUACGCGGUAGCGACGCAGGAUUCGGUCCUGUUGUAUGACACGCAACAACACACGCCCAUCUGCAUCGUAAGCAACCUACAUUGCGCCACAUUCACAGAUCUAACCUGGUCGAGUGACGGCUUGACACUGUUGAUCUCAUCCUCGGAUGGGUUCUGCUCGACAUUGUCGUUCGCGCCCGGCGAGCUAGGCACCGUCUACGCGGGAGAACUGGGGCCGCCGAAGCACUCUGUGCCAGCCGGAGCUUCCCUCCAGAAUACACCGGUUCCCACUCCAACGUCCGUCUUUGCGCCGCCCUCGCCGUUCCCGAACGGCUCACACCACAGGCACCGGGAUUCCGCAAGCUCGCUCACCGCUCCAUCUCCGCCGGCACCAACGGCAUCUUUUGUCAGCGCACGGGCAGCGUCGCCAGCGCUGUCUGCAACUUCUUCAGUCAUAAAUCCACCUGCGACGCAGACGGGCGUGCUAAGUAACCCGCCCCUGAUAGCCGGGCAGGUGCCCAGCAUUGCCGCAACCAAUUCCAGCAAGGUUGUGGGUAUUCCGAUCACGACAACGACACCGCCCGAGACGCCGCGCAAUUCGUUCACUGCGCCCACGGGAAUCAAGCGAGAGACAACGGAAGGCGACACCGACGAGUCAUCAGGGAGUAAGCCGAAGCGGAGACGCAUUGCUCCCACGCUCGUCGACGGAGGUGCACAAUCGACCAGUGGCUCCGGUAGCUCCGGCAACAGGGGUGGCGUGGAAGAAACCAAGGCAUAGGUUGCUGUGGUAUACUCGCGAGAGAAGAAUGUGUAUACAUAAUUUACGAGGGAAGGCAAGGCGUUUCACGGGAAUCGUUUGAGGAAAAUGGGAGCUGGUUGGAACAAAUCUUCUGAGAUGGGAAAGCUCUCAACGGGCGGGCCUCUGCUU